AUGAAUUCAAUCUCCUUACUUGUGCCAGAACUGUCCCUGGAGGUGAAGAAGCAAGGAGACAAGAAUGUCACCCUGAGCAUUAAUCAGGGAAAGAUGCUGGUGAACUGGGAUGUGGUGCAGGACUCAGGUGGCUCAGGCUCUUCUGUGGUGGGCCUUGUCUCCUCUCCAGGGGUGGGCAAGUUGCUGGUUGGGGCCCCCCUGUUCCUGGAAACUGAGGAGCAGUCAGUUCUGAAUGACACACACAAGGUCCUGCAUCAGGAAGGCUCCUUCGUCCUGCUCUCAGAUGUCACAUCCGCCUUUGUGAGCAACAAGGACACUCAGAACCUCAGCUCUCCAGUCACCUUUGUCUUCAAGCAUACAGUGACCCCGAGGCCAAAGCAGAAGGUGUUCUGUGUCUUCUUGGAGCCUGGCCAGAAGGGGUGUGGUCAUUGGUCCACCAAAGGCUGCUGGAUGGUGGGCACCAGAGACAUCAGCACCACCUGCCAAUGCAGCCACCUCAGCAGCUUUGCCGUCCUCAUGGCCCACUAUGAUGUGCAGGAGGAUCCCGCCCUGGCUGUGAUCACCUAUGUGGGGCUGAGCCUCUCUCUGCUGUGCCUCCUCCUGGCGGCCCUCACCUUCCUGCUGUGCAAAGCCAUCCAGAACACCAGCACCUCACUCCACCUGCAGCUCUCACUCUGCCUCUUCCUGGCCCACCUGCUCUUCCUCACGGCCAUCGACAGAACUGAGCCUAAGGUGCUGUGCGCCAUCAUCGCGGGUGCCUUACACUAUCUCUACCUGGCCUCCUUCACCUGGAUGCUGCUGGAGGGCCUGCACCUCUUCCUCACCGCACGCAACCUGAUGGUGGUCAACUACUCCAGUGUGAGCAGGUUCAUGAAGAAGUUCAUGCUCCCUGUGGGCUACGGAGUCCCAGCUGUGAUUGUGGCCAUUUCUGCAGCAUCCAGGCCUGACCUUUAUGGAACACCUACACGCUGCUGGCUCCACCGGGAAAAGGGAUUUAUAUGGGGCUUCCUUGGACCAGUCUGCGUCAUCCUCUUUGUCAAUCUAGCUUUCUUUCUGAUGACCCUCUGGAUUUUGAAAAGCAAACUCUCUUCGCUCAACAGUGAUGUGUCCACCCUCAAGAAUACAAGGAUGCUGACAUUUAAAGCGAUAGCUCAGCUCUUCAUCUUGGGCUGCACGUGGUGUCUGGGAAUCCUGCAGGUGGGUCCAGCUGCUCACGCCAUGGCCUAUCUCUUCACCAUCAUCAACAGCCUUCAGGGCGUCUUCAUCUUCCUGGUGUACUGUCUCCUCAACCAGCAGGUCCGGGAGCAAUAUAGGAAAUGGUGGAAAGGAAUCAGGAAAACCAAAGCUGACUCUGAGAAGUACACACUCUCCAGCAGAGCCAUGUCAGAUGUCCCUAAACACAGUGUGGUAAAAGGUGAUGGAUUGACAGCAUAAAAGAGGAAAUUAAGUCAAUUCUAAGAAAACUAAAAGUGGGUGACUAAAGAAAAACAGGUGAAAUCAUAUGAUUUUUGUCCUUUUCUCUCUGACUUA